GCCGCAAGAAAUAGUUAAAGUGGACGAGACGUGGACGUGUCCGGUAUAACCUCGAUGAGCAUAUGUCGCGGUUCUAAUACCGUUUGGAAUACAUGUAGAUAUUGUUUGGCAGAAACUGAUCAAUAAUGACUGGUAGUCAGAAAUCGUCGAAAAUAAAGUUGCUCGUUUGUGCAGCUGGAAUUUUCGUGUGUUACUUUUAUUUCGGUGUUCUUCAAGAAAAAAUAACCAGAGGACAGUACGGAGAUGCCGACAAACCCGAAAAAUUCACAUUCGCGUUCGCAUUGGUUUCUGUCCAAUGUUUGCUCAACUACAUGUUUGCCAAAGUUAUACUAUUGACUGUUAUGAAACAAGGCGAAGACUCUACUCGUACAAUUUAUUAUGCUGUCAGUUCGCUUACUUAUCUACUCGCUAUGGUUUGUAGUACUAUGGCUUUGCAAUUUGUCAGCUAUCCUACUCAGGUUGUCGGCAAGGCUGGCAAGCCUAUUCCUGUUAUGAUACUCGGUGUACUGCUCGGAAGGAAGGUUUAUCCAUUGAGGAAAUACCUAUUUGUGUUACUGAUCGUUGUGGGCGUUGCUCUCUUCAUGUACAAAGACAAUGUGGCAAAUACCAAGCAGACCGAAAGCCAAAUGGGCUUUGGAGAGUUUUUGCUGCUGCUGUCAUUGACGAUGGAUGGACUGACUGGAGCGGUACAGGAAAGAAUGCGAGCAGAGCACAAAUCUAAAUCUGGCCACAUGAUGCUGAACAUGAAUUUCUGGUCAUUUAUAUUCAGUACUUCGGUUAUCCUAGUGUCAGGAGAGCUUGUACAAUUCUUGUCAUUUAUGCAGAGACAUCCAAACUGCCUGUGGCACAUCGUUUCCUUCUCUUUAGCAGGAGCGUUUGGACAAUUUUUCAUAUUCUUAACAGUGUCAGAUUUCGGCCCUCUUCCAUGUUCCGUUAUGACUACUACUAGGAAAUUCUUUACUGUACUAGGUUCUGUUUUAUUAUUUGGUAAUAAUUUAUUACCCAGACAAUGGCUGGCAACGAUUACAGUCUUCUCAGGGUUAUUCUUAGACGCCAUGUACGGCAAGACUAAAGUACCACUAAAGGAAACUACUGAAUGAAUUUAAUUAUAGUAUCAUAGUAUGAUAGAUGAAUUAUGUUGGAGGUUCUGAAUUUUUAUUUAGUUCAGGUUCUUAUGAGGCUGAAGUUAGUAAAAUAAUUGCAACGAAACGUCAGGGAAAAAUAUAUAUACUUAACAAUAUAUAAUUAUAAUCAUUUUGAAGGAGUCGGCUUUUCAAAAUGAGAGUAUGUUUUGUUUAUCAUGGUUUACUAAAAUUCAACUUCAUGGUGUAAAAUAACAAUUUUUCCUAAACAUCGUUACAGUCUCGUUACCAACUUCACCUUUAUACUUCCUUUAGGUACAAUUGAUAACGCGACGAAAAGGUGUCUAGAAUAGAUGAACAUUAUCAGCAAACAGAAAUAAAUUUAUAAACUUCGAUCAGUGUUGGGCGUUGUUGUAAUUAAUUGGUUUCUAAUAAAAUUACAAAUGUAAUCUGUCGUUCCAAGAAAAAUCGAUACUAAUUAUUACGUUCGUAAUUUUUAAUUGAAAUUUUCCUAGUUACAAAUUACAAUUGUCAUUGGUAAUUUUUUUCCUUCCAGUAAGAUCCGUGUGUAUAUCUCAUAAUUAGUACGUAUAAAUUUUCAAUUUGGAACAUGAUAUAAGGAAUUACUUGGAUCACAAUCUAUAUACGUAUAGAUUGUGAACUAUGUGUAUAUAUAUAUAUAUAUAUAUUUCACACAAAAUAUGCAUAAUACAAAUUACACAUCACAACGUUUAGUGCAAUGCGCUCAAAUUUAUUUAUGUAUAUGGCUUAUAUAUAUUUAUUUGUACAGUACUUACGACUAUAGCGUUGUUUCAACAUUUCCAAUUAUCAAGUUUUUCCGAUUAAUGAUAAGAAUACUCCUUUAAGAAAAUUAGAUCGCGACUAUUUUUUACAUACAUAUUUCGAUCCGCAAACUAUACGUAUAUAAAAUUUUCUCUCAGCCAAAUUUACUAAGGGUAAAAAUAAAGAGAAAUAAAAUUGAAAUGGGUAUAAAUAUUAUAAAAGUCUAUCACUGCAUAUCUAUACGCUAAAUAGAACGUUACCUAACAACGGAAUAAUUGGUUUAUUCGCGUGUUGCAUACAGGAUUUUUCUACCGACUUAACUGUGAUCACUAUUGACUUGAAAAGUGCUACUUUUUCCCCGCAAAUGCACGAACAAGUAUCAGAGGAAAUCAUACGCUACUUUUGGCCCACUUUUCAGAUCAGUAAAGUGGCCGGUGCGGUUGAGUCUGCAAUAAAUAUGCUUUCGUUAAUAUUUUCUCAUAUAAUACUUAUAUACGGUACAUAUAGUUAUAAGAUAUAUUGAUAAAUAAAUGCCACAAAGAAU